AUGCUACAACCGGAUCUGAGAUACGUGAACGGCGAGUACAAGGACAUCACCGAGGAGCUUCUGGGGUUGGCCAGGCAGCUGGAUGUGUCUGAGCUGGCCAAGUCGCCUGCCUUUCAGCUUUUGGACGGCGUUUCUGCGCUGGAAAUCGGAAACGACAGAAUGGACACUGGGCUUCUCUACAAGCCUCUGGAGGAGUCUCUCGCGCAGCUGCCCAAGAUUGACGGGGCGGAGUCCGUGUUGCGGCUGAUGGAUUUGUGUUUUGGCGUUGAGCGGGCGUGGCAGAACGGAGCUUCGUUGAUCCAGUCCGUGUUCAGCUGUGCCUACAUUGAGAGCAUUCUGGCCGGUCAUAACGCCGGAGCUCCUCUGGGACACAUUGAAUUCCAGGAGUGGCGUCAUGUGUUCAACGUGUGGGCGGUUGCCAUGCUCAAAAACAUUGGCCAGAGCCUCGAUAUCAUGAUGCACGGAGGAGUGAUUGAGGAGGAAGACAUUGUGUUCCAGACGUUCCAGAUGAACCUGUUUACAACCACAGGAGCCAAGGAGCUCGAGUCGCUGAUGGAUAGCGCCAUUGGGUGGGUUCAGACGCAGAAGAGCGAGUUUGCUCACGCCAUUGUGGACCGUCUGAAGCUGAGAAAAGAGAUUACCCAGCUUGGAGCUCUGACUCUGGCCAGGAAACUCGACGGAAGUAUUGCUGCCGCCAAACAGGCCAAGAGGUUGGCUGAGACCAUCACCGUUUCAGAUUCUGAAACCCCCCUGGAGAAAUCGUUCACUAAUGAAAUCCAGGGUCGAGUUCAGAAUGAUGCUCCUCCCAGAAACCUGGUGCGAAUGAAACCGUCGGAAGCAGUCUCGGAUUUCGUGGCAGCCAUGGACGAGAUCAUUAGCUGCGGCGACGUUGCCUCGGUGACCUCCUCCGCCGAGUUUCUGGGCUUCAUGGUCAAGUUUUCCGCCCUCAACACCAAGCCCUUCACUCGAGCAUACAUGCACACCCAGAUCAUUGAUGGCGAACAGUUUGCUCUCCUGGGCAAACCCGUGCGAGAGUGGGUCGUCAAAGAUAUGAUUGAAAACACCUGUGCAACCGGCUGGGGUCAGUAUGUCCUGACCACAUCUGAUUCUGCCGUUGCGGAACUGACAGCUCCAUUUCUGGCAGAGGCAGACAUGGCAUACUCGGAUCUGUUUGGCAUUCUCGUGCUCAACCGGUCCAGACAGCGCCAGGUGCUUUCGCACGCCGUGGUCACGUGGGACGGACUGCAAGUGAUGGCGGAGAACCUGGAAACGCAACUGGAAGAGCUGGUGGAGCCUGAUCGAAUCGAUAUGGGUGCUGGCCAGAAGAUGAACGCCAUGCCCAUCACUUCUUGGGUCAUGCUGCGAAAACUCCAGGUCAUGAUCUGGACUGCUCUUCUGGGCUUUGAACUCGACGUGUACAAGCUGCACGAGUGGGGCUUCAUGAGCUGGUACUGUGAGUAUCUCUCCUUGCAGCGAAAGCAGUACCUGGAGCGAGUUCGGUACUAUCUCUGUGUUUACGCCGAUAACGCUCAAAUGUCCCAGACUUUCAACAAGAAGAACAAGAAGAAGGGCAAGAAGGGAGGUGCUUCUGGACCCAAAGAGGUUCCCACUACCAUGCUUCAGCUGGAAGAUAUCAACAAGGCGACCAUGUUGACCCAAUCCAUGACUGUCGAGUCUUCUGCUCUCGCCGAUCUCUGCAAAUGCUCCAUGCUGCUCAUGUAUCUUUACGACCGAUUUGGACUCAUUCAGCAUCCCCAAAUCAAGUACACCACCGCCGAUCUCAUGUACGCGCUUCGUCUCAAGCCGUUUUCGUCCGUGGGAGUGCCUGCUCUUGUCAACUACAGCCAGUUCAAGGAGUCCACCACUGAUCAGCUGGACGCUCUGUCUGUCGACGACAUUUUUGCCAUUGCUACUCGAACCACCAACGAGUUGAAAAAGAUGGUCGAUGCUGUGGUGAAGCAGACGGAUGUGAAGAGAGAGCCCCAGGUCCAGCUGCUCCAGCGAUCGACUAUGGGCAUUUCCAUCAAUUUGGCCUCGUUGAAGAUGAAGAAGAAUGAUGUCAACGACUACAAGGUGGAUGUGGUUAAGAGCGGAUAUCAUUUGUUUUUCCCUGUUCCUUCGCUCAAGAAGAAAGAGUAG